AUGGCACCACGACACUGCGACACUCCAGCACUACUUCGAUCAACAUCGACAUUGACCUCAGUCUCGAGAUGGACCUCGCGACUCGUGACUGCAUCCGGAGCAACGAGCGAUGUGAUCCCGCAACUCUACGACCAUCGAACGGUGACUCCCAUUGAGGGCGUACACAAUGAUAUAUUUAUCGCUCCGCGCGGAGAAGAGAGGGCGCAAGAGAUUGCAGCUCUCCCCAAGGCUCAGAAAACUGGAGUGAUUUCAUACACAUUUCGCCGACUUGACCCUAGCAUCCGCGCCAUAGUUGGGACCAACCAAAACCAAACACAGAAAGACCCCCGCCCUCUCCUCCCCCUCAAACAUCCUCAAGUGCGCAAAGAUGGAAUUUUUACAGAGGCCUUUGGCCCCGUACUAGUCGUUGAGUAUCUGCAGCUUCAACCGCGUCAUGGUGCGCUGAAGGCGCGGUUGCGAGCCAAUUCACGCCGUCCACCACAGCGUUUCAUGGAACAUAGGCGGGACUGCGUUGCGUGCGUCCGGAGGAGUUUGAACUCCUCAUACUUGGUCUGCGAUUCUGCGAGCUGA